UUUAUCUUUUUCUACCAAAAUUGACUCAUAAUACCUCUUAUUUACUAAAAUGAAAAUCCUGCUUCUCGCCGGCGAUUACAUCGAGGACUACGAGCUGUACGCUCCACUCAAGGCGCUUGAGAUGCUGGACAUUGACGUCCACAUUGUAUGCCCCGACAAGAAGGCCGGAGACACUAUUCAGACUGCGCUGCACAUCGUUGAUGGCUGGCAGACAUACUCGGAGCGCCCCGGCCACCCGUUCGAGCUUGAGCACACCUUCUCAGACAUCAACCUCGAUGACUACGCCGGCCUGGUCGUUCCCGGCGGCCGCUUCCCCGAGUACCAGCGCUAUGACCAGCGCGUGUUGGAUAUCAUCAUCCACUUCUUUGACCAGAAGAAGCCCGUGGCGGCCGUCUGCCAUGGACUGCAGCUUCUGGCUGCUGCUGGUGUGCUUAAGGGCCGCUCGUGUUCGGCAUUCCCCAUGUGCAAGCUCGACGUUAUUGCUGGGGGCGGCAAGUACGUUGACUUUGAUGCGUUUAGCAAGAAUGUGCAUGUUGACGGGAACCUGGUCUCGGCGCCUGCGUACCCUGCCAUCGGUGUCUGGCUGCGCGAGUUUAUCAAACUUCUUGGCGUCAAAGUCACUCUCUAAUGGUGCAUUUGCUUUUACUAUCUAUUUUUCGUGACUAAUUA